AUGAUUAACUAUAAAGGAGUAUUUUAUUUUUUAUCAUCAAUUAUUUUUAUAGCAUAUUCUUGUCCACGUAAGAGAGUGAUUCCUAAUCCUGAAAUACCUCCUAAUUCUAAUUUACCAAAAUAUGAAAAAAAUGUUGAUAUUUCAGGUCUUCCUUCAAAUACAUGGGUUGGAGCAAGAAGAUUUACUUUGAUGCAAUCAAUGGAAUGUAAAGGUACUAAAAUAACAGAAAUUCCAAAUAUUCUAGAUGCAGAUCAAUGUAGAGAUGCUUGUCAACAAUACAAUUGUGUUGCUGUUAAUAUAUUUCAAAUUUCUGAAUUUAAUUUUAUGUGUGAAAUUUUAGAAGAAAUAUUUUCUUAUGAACCAGCUCAAGGUGCCUCUUGCUAUAUGGUUGAUAUACCAUUAUCAGAAUGA